AUGCAACUUCAAGUAGAAGAACGGUGGGCGAUCGGGGAGGAUACUUACAAUAAAUACAAGCGAGAAACAUCCCUGCGCCGAUAUCGCGUUGCAUUAGAUGAACUCGAGUGUUUAGUUGUCAUGCGUUUGUUUGAACUUUCGAAGCUUUCACUUUCAGGCACAGGCUACAAACUACGUCAGCAAAUCGGAAAGGCCUUGCAACGACACUCUGAAGCAAUUCGAAAUGCACUGAGCCAUUACAACGUACAAGCAGCUGCACUAGCUCCCCCACGUCCGUCUUUGUCUUGGAAAGACAUCACGGAAUAUACCUUCCUGGGCAAGUUCGAUUUACUCUGCCAGUCUCGCGCUGAUAUUUGUGAGCUAGACUGGGCAAAGCCUGCUCAUCGGGAGGCGACUGUCAAAUAUUUUAAGCUCCGUCGUGCACAUGAGGAGAUUGAGCGUCUCAAUGUAGAGGUUAGGCACCUUCGCACAUCAAUUCAUGAUGAGGAAGCGAAAACAACUGCCAUCAUUAACGAGCUUUUUGUCUCCAAUCCUCUGCCAAGUCUUGAGCUACAAAGGCAAUGGAAAUCGCAGAUUGGUGUCAAUGCCAUACAUGCCUUCCGGCUGGAUCAGAUUGAACUUCAAUGA